AUGGCAGAGGAGAGCUAUGGAGCAGGUAGUGGAUCGGACAUCAACGGAAGAUUGGCGUCUCUGGACUCGUCGGUGGACUCGCGGUGGGUCUACCAGGACGACGACGAUUCUUCAGCGAUCGACGAUGAAGACGACGACGAUGCUGCUCAUCGGUUUGAUUCCGACGACGAUGAUGCAGCGGAUCAGCGUCUGAUUCGGACUGGCCCUAGCGUCGAUUCCUUUGAUGUGGAGGCUCUCGAGGUCCCUGGUGCUCACAGAAACGAUGACGAGGAGUUUGGUGUGGGGAGAAAGAUUAUACUUGCUUUUCAAACACUUGGUGUUGUCUUUGGUGAUGUUGGAACAAGUCCAUUGUAUACCUUUGAUGUGAUGUUCAAUAAGGCGCCUAUUAAUGGAGAUGAAGAUGUCCUUGGUGCAUUAUCCCUGGUCCUAUAUACCUUAAUCUUGAUUCCCCUGGUCAAGUAUGUCCUUGUCAUACUUUGGGCUAAUGAUGAUGGUGAAGGCGGUACAUUUGCCUUGUAUUCAUUGAUCUGCCGGCAUGCUAAGGUUAGUCUUUUGCCAAAUCAGCUUCCGUCUGAUACCCGUAUAUCAAGCUUCAGACUAAAGGUGCCAUCCCCAGAACUUGAGAGAUCACUGAAAAUCAAGGAGAGACUUGAGUCUUCAUUGACUCUGAAAAAGCUGAUUUUGAUGUUAGUUCUUGCUGGUACCUCUAUGGUGAUAGCUGAUGGGGUUGUUACACCGGCAAUGUCAGUAUUGUCAGCUGUCGGUGGCCUAAAGGUUCGAGUAACUGCAAUCGAACAAGAUGAAGUGGUGAUGAUCUCUGUUGCUUUUCUUGUAAUUUUGUUCAGCGUACAAAAGUUUGGGACCAGUAAAGUGGGACUUGCUGUUGGCCCUGCUUUAUUUAUAUGGUUUUGUUGUCUCGCUGGUGUUGGGAUUUACAACCUUGUCAAAUAUGACACCAGUGUCUUGAGGGCAUUUAAUCCAGUUCAUAUCUAUUACUUCUUCAAAAGGAACUCAACGAAGGCCUGGUAUGCCCUUGGGGGUUGUCUUCUAUGUGCAACUGGCUCGGAGGCAAUGUUUGCAGAUCUAUGCUAUUUUUCUGUGCAUUCGGUUCAGCUUACAUUUGUGUUCCUUGUUAUGCCUUGCCUUCUUUUGGGUUAUUUGGGUCAAGCUGCAUAUCUCAUGAAAAACCAAUCUGGAGCUGAGCAGGUUUUCUUUUCAUCCGUUCCAAGUGGUGCUUUCUGGCCUAUCUUACUCAUUGCUAACAUAGCUGCAUUAAUUGCCAGUCGGGCUAUGACGACAGCUACAUUUUCAUGUAUAAAGCAAUCAACAGCACUUGGUUGUUUCCCACGUCUUAAAAUUAUUCACACUUCCCGAAAAUUCAUGGGCCAGAUCUAUAUUCCUGUCAUAAACUGGUUUUUGCUGGUAGUGUGCGUGGUGAUUGUCUGCUCUAUCUCAAGCAUCACUGAGAUGGGAAAUGCGUAUGGCAUCGCUGAGCUUGGAGUGAUGAUGAUGACAACAGUUUUGGUGACAAUUGUUAUGCUGCUUAUAUGGCAGAUAAACAUUGUUAUUGUGCUGAGUUUUGUCAUUUUUUUCCUAGGAAUGGAAUUGACUUUCUUCUCAUCAGUAUUGUCCAGUAUGAGAGAUGGAAGUUGGAUUAUAUUGGUCUUCGCCAUAAUUAUGUUUCUUAUAAUGUUCAUCUGGAAUUAUGGGAGCAAGCUCAAGUAUGAAACUGAAGUUAAGCAAAUGCUAUCAAUGGAUUUGAUGCGGGAACUGGGUCCCAACCUUGGGACAAUCAGAGCUCCGGGCAUCGGUUUGCUUUACAAUGAACUGGUGAAAGGGAUACCUGCAAUAUUUGGCCAUUUUCUUACCACGCUUCCAGCAAUCCACUCUAUGAUCAUAUUUGUGAGUAUAAAGUAUGUUCCAGUACCUGUAGUGCCACAAAGUGAAAGGUUCCUCUUCCGGAGGGUCUGCCCGAAAGGCUACCACAUAUUUCGCUGUAUUGCCAGGUAUGGCUACAAGGAUGUUCGAAAAGAGAACCACCGAACAUUUGAGCAGUUAUUAAUUGAGAGCCUUGAGAAGUUCAUUCGUCGAGAAGCCCUGGAACGGUCACUGGAGAGUGAUGUAGAUGGUGAUUCUGACUCUGAAGAUGACACCUCUUGCUCAAGACUUCUCAUAGCUCCAAAUGGAAGUGUCUAUUCACUUGGCGUGCCUCUCUUAGCUGAGUACAAGGACACAGCCAAUCCCAUUUCAGAAGCAAGUUCCUCAGGGAACGUGAAUAUCGAACCUUCCACGGAGUCAACAACAUCUGAUACAGAGCAGAGUCUUGAGAGAGAGCUGUCUUUUAUACACAGGGCGAAAGAAUCUGGGGUAGUUUAUCUUCUUGGACACGGGGAUAUUAGAGCAAGGAAGGAUUCCUGGUUUCUUAAGAAGUUGGUUAUAAACUACUUUUACGCCUUCUUGAGGAAGAAUUGCAGGAGGGGGGUUGCUAACUUGAGUGUACCCCACUCACAUCUAAUGCAAGUGGGUAUGACUUACAUGGUUUAACUGUUGAUAUGGCGAUGAAACGAGGGACAUAGUAUGAUGAAGAAUUUGCAGGCUCAUUGACAUUUGAUACCAAGGUUCGAAUACAGGCGAUUGGGGUCUCAAAGGGCCUCAUUUUUGCAUUAUGCUAUGUUGUCGACAAUGAGCUAUGCAGACCUACAUCAAAAUCCUUCACUAUGCCUGAUCACUCGCGUUUCUCCAUCAUCGACGAUGAUAUUUUUCUGUUCGUUCUGUUAAGCAAAAGUUUUGUAGCUUUUUGUCCAUCGGUUGCAUUUUGUACUUUGAUGUACUGUAAAAUAUAGAGUGGUCACAGCUGCAUUAUCUUCUCCCUUGGAUGCGAGAGACCUGCACUACACCCAACCCAUUCAAGGGCGGGGAUACGAUGGUGGCACCGACUGUAAUAGUCUAACAGAACCCCUUGUUUUUGUUUUUCCACCUGGUCUUACAGUUCCCUUACACCCAACACAAAGCAGCUCUCCAGAUGUAACCUUACAAAUACAACCUGCUGUUAUCUUUGUUUA